AUGCCCGUGCAAGAUACCUCGUCCAUCCCCCGGCUGAGUGCCCACACUCUCAACUAUGCACCACCUCCCUCCGCCCCCCAUCUGGCCGUCUACGACAGCCAAACCCUGGACAUCGACGACGAUGGCUUCCUCCAGUCCAGUCAACGGGCCGGGGGGCCCUACCUCUGCAGUUUACCCGCGGUGAAUAUCACUCCCGACCCCAGCUGGACCCUAACGCAGGAGCACGAGGACAUCAGCCAGAAGACCGCCGAGAUCCUCACCGAGGCCGACAUCACCUGGUCAGACAUCCAGGUCACCGGCCGCGUGGCCCGUGUUGAUCCGGAGGAGUCAAUUCCUACCAUCUUGGUCGUCGUCCCAGAUACCACUUCCUCCAACUGGCGGGAUGCCACCAAAGCCAUCUUCAAGGAAUUGCUCGAUGGACACCACCCGAACGCAUCCGUCGAGAUCAUCACAUCAAUCCUACUGCAUACACCAGCCCCGAUGCCCAUCCACUCCGACGACGCCAUCUUCUCCACGUGGCCUCAAAUCCGAGACACGAUCCUGGAGGAACUCGACACCGCGGACUGGACCGGGCUGGAAUGCUGGCGAUAUGGGCGAUCCGCGAAUUCCCUCCAGAAUCCUCCAACUAUCAUCGUCAGUGUCCAGCUAGACUCAGUCCGCGUCUUCGACGAGGAGAUGGCGACCAUCAUGCAGAUUCUCGCUCGUCAUGACAUCACCGACUGUGCCGUGCUGUUCAUGCACGAUGAGUUUCGGCACUACGCGUUGACGCAUUUCCAGGUGCCUCUUGCGCGUCUUGAGGACUUUUCUGGCUCGGCUUGGCCGGGGAUGAGUAUUGGGAUUCGGGAUAGCUCCGCUACCUCGUCGACUCUUGGCGGAGUGGUUGAGAUCCAGAUGGACGGGGAUGCCACCUGGCAGCGAUUCCACCUGUCCUGUUUCCAUGGACUCUAUCCACACUUGCCUGCCCAACAGGCACUACUCACCGAUAUCCCCGGGGCCAAAGACGCUCUGCACCGCUGGCAAUGGACCGCCCCGACCUUGUCCGACAGCAUCGUCCGACCGGUCCUACGCGUCGACCAACCCAGCCUCUUCGACGUGCAAGACGCCAUUCGACGUGCAGCCCCCGACGAGGAGAAGCAGACCGAGCGGCAACGCUUCCUCGAUGAGAACAGACACCAUCUCGGCGCCGUCGGCGCGGGGAGUGGGUUAUAUCGUACGCGAGAGCGAGGCAUCAAUGAGGAAUCCAAGCCCGGGAUGUUGGACUGGGCUUUGAUUGAGGUGGUGCAGGAGCGAGAUGGGCUGAAUCAGGCCUACGAAUACAGCAACGAGGAACGAACCCCCUUCCGCACCGUGUGCAAUACUGCGCUCCCACCAAACACACCCAUCCACAACACGGGCCGCAAAACCGGCGGCUCGUCUGCACCAUCCAGCCCCAUCGCGCAGGUCUUGAUCUCUCGGGCCCGCGACAUGCACGGUCAGCCAGUCACCCAGAGGACCUACGAGCAUAGCGUGCCGAACCACUCCCGUCCCCCGUUCGCCAUCCCCGGCGACGCGGGGUCGAUGGUGGUCGCGCCGGAUGGCAGCGUGCUGGGUAUGCUGGUGGGGGGGUAUGUGCGGAAAGAGACGGUGUAUUAUUCCCAUAUCAAGGAUGUUCUAGAUGAUAUUAAGGAGGUGACGGGGGCGGUCAAGGUUCGUCUUGCGCAGGAUUAGAGGAACAGACGAGUGGAGGGCCAAGAAUGUAUGUAGAUGAGGCCUUGUCGAAGUUAUAUAUAUGCUGGUGGGUUGCUGGUUCCGUCUCCACUCGACUAUCAUCCAGAAUGUCAAUUGUCAUCUGGG